GCCACGGUCCUUCAGAAGCAGCGACUCUCCUCGACUCUCUCCGACUCCUCCACUCCUCAUCGAGUCUGCAAAGUCUCCGUGUAGCUCCCCACCACCACCACCACCACCUCCACAGUGCACCGAGAACUCUCUCGCGUCUUUACCAUUCUCGAGUCUCCGCGUCUCUCGAGUCUUCUCGGAUCACUGAAGUUCUCCCGGCCGUGAGUCACCGACGAGUCCCGGCCAUGCAUCCCUCUCCUCGCCUCUCCAUCGUCUGGGCCACAGCCGCCGCGGUGCUCCUCGCCGUGGUCACGCUCGGGCCGGUGGCGGCCGCACCGCCCCGGGACGCGAGACACGCGCUCCAGGUGCUCAGCGACAUCCUGGACGGAGACUCCUCCGCGGGAGCCGAGGGAGGCGGCGGGGCCGCCGCCUCCUCCUCCUCCUCUCUCGGUGGCGAUCUUGGCGACACGGACGAGGAGCUGGGCGAUCUCGUGGGGGGCCUGGUCGGUGAGCUGGGGGGUAUGGGGGCAGGGCUGCCCCCGCCGCGGGCGUCGCGGGACCUGGCGGGCGGGGAGCUGGAGCCCGUGUCGAGCGGCGUGUGGCUGCGCCUCUUCAACGACUUCGUGAGCAACCAGCGGCGCUUCAAGGGCCGCACGAAGAAGGGGCCCGGCAAGGGCUGCUUCGGCGGGAAGCUCGACCGCAUCGGGGCCCUCAGCGGCCUCGGCUGCUAGAGCCGCGACUCCAACCACCCCCCUCGCCCAACCUCCGCCAACUCGCCCGACGGUUCACGGCUCGGACCGCAACUCGAGUCACAUGACCAAGCCGCCUCCCGCAACACCGCGACACCUGGCCCCGCCCCCCUCGCUCAUCUAGCCCCGCCCCCUCUCACACCUGCCCCCUUCCCUGACGCCUAGCCUCGCCCCGUCAUACCCGACCCCGCACCCUCUCACAUCUGGCCCCGCCCCCUCUCACACCUGGUCCAGCAACCCUCGCUCACCUGGCCCCGCCCCCUCCGACACACCAGGCCCCGCCCCCUCACACACCUGGCCCCGCCCCCUCUCGCACCUGGUCCAGCAACCCUCGCUCACCUGGCCCCGCCCCCUUGCUCACCUGGCCCCGCCCCCUCGCGUUUACAUGCGUCGCCCGGCGUGUACAGUGCCCAGAUGUAUUUAUUUGCUGUAUUUAUAUUUGGUUGUUGAGUUGUUUCUCCUGCGCCCCGUGUCGAGUCUUAUUUAUAUGAUUGUGUAUAUAGACGCCCCCGUGCAGUAGGCAACCCUAACGCACCGCUACGCUGUGUUCCGUAGGCCGUAUCUUAAAUAAACUCUCCUGUACUGCUGCUGAU